AAGUGCCUGGACUAAUCAGCGUUCGCCUCCGUGUGUUCAGCCAUUUUGUAAGAAAAUCAAGCAAGUCUGCCGCCCUACCUUCGCUUCAGACCUGCAGUUUUUUUCUUGUGCAAUGGACGGCCGCCUAGACGCUGACUUGUACCCUCUGGGAUCCGGCUACGUCCCUGAAAUUGACAGUGUCCAUGACAUAUCAGUUGGCACAAAGAGGGGAUCCGACGAACUCUUUUCUUCCUGCAUAUCCAACGGGCCCUAUAUCAUGAACUCAGCCAAUGGCAACGACAGCAAAAAAUUCAAAGGUGACGUCCGCAGUCCUGGUGUUCCGUCACGUGUGGUCCAUGUACGCAAGCUGCCCAACGAUAUAAAUGAGGCUGAGGUUAUUGGCCUGGGACUGCCCUUUGGGAAGGUCACUAAUCUGCUGAUGCUGAAAGGGAAAAACCAGGCAUUCUUGGAACUGAACAGCGAGGAGUGUGCACAGACGAUGGUCAGCUACUACUCCUCUGUCACCCCAGUCAUCAGAAACCACCCCAUUUACAUGCAAUACUCAACCCACAAGGAGCUCAAGACGGACAACUCUCCUAACCAAGUGCGUGCCCAGGCGGCUCUGCAGGCAGUCAAUGCUCUGCAUGGAGGUGGGAUGGGAAGCAUGGCCAUUUCCACAGAUGCGGGUAGCAUGGGAGGUGCAGCGACUCAAAGUCCUGUACUCAGAGUCAUAGUGGAAAAUCUUUUCUACCCCGUCACCCUGGAUGUAUUACAUCAGAUUUUCUCUAAGUUUGGCACAGUGCUGAAGAUCAUCACUUUUACCAAGAACAAUCAGUUCCAGGCUCUGAUCCAGUACGCCGAUGGCAUGACAGCUCAGCACGCUAAACUGUCUUUGGAUGGACAGAACAUCUACAAUGCCUGCUGUACCCUGAGGAUUAGCUUCUCCAAGCUCACCAGCCUCAAUGUCAAAUACAACAAUGACAAGAGCAGAGACUACACCCGACCAGACCUCCCUACUGCGGAUUCACAGCCCUCCAUUGAUCACCAGACCAUGGCUGCUGCUGCAUUUGCUGCGCCGGGCAUAAUCUCAGCCUCUCCCUAUGGUGGAGCACAUGCCUUCCCCCCAACCUUUGCUAUCCAACAGGCAGCAGGUCUGUCGGUGCCUGGUAUUCCCAGUGCCCUGGCAUCCCUGGGCGUGGGCCACGGCGGCAUGGCGGCUGCAGCAGCUGCUGCCAGCCGACUCGGUCUGUCCGGGCUCACUGCCUCUGGGGGACACAACGUAUUGUUGGUCAGCAAUCUGAACCCUGAGAGCGUUACGCCACACUGCCUCUUUAUUCUUUUCGGUGUGUAUGGCGAUGUGAUGAGAGUGAAGAUCCUGUUCAAUAAAAAGGAAAAUGCUCUGAUCCAGAUGUCUGAUGGCACACAGGCUCAGCUAGCUAUGAGCCACCUGAAUGGCCAGAGGCUUCAUGGCAGGGCCAUGCGUGUGACAUUGUCGAAACACACCACAGUGCAGCUGCCCAGAGAAGGCCACGAGGACCAGGGCCUCACAAAGGACUACAGCAACUCACCGCUGCAUCGUUUCAAGAAGCCUGGCUCCAAAAAUUACUCCAACAUCUUCCCUCCCUCUGCAACACUCCACCUCUCCAACAUACCGCCUUCUGUGGUAGAGGAUGACCUCAGGAGGCUGUUUGCCAGCUCAGGAGCCACAGUUAAGGCCUUCAAGUUCUUUCAAAAAGACCGCAAGAUGGCCCUGAUCCAGAUGGGCUCAGUUGAGGAGGCAAUUGAGUCCCUCAUCGAGUUCCACAACCACGAUCUGGGAGAGAACCACCACCUUCGAGUGUCCUUCUCCAAGUCCACAAUCUGAGUGCCUUUCCUUUCUCCCUCCAAAUCUAUUGCCAUCUGAAUGCUACUUUUCUGAAGUUUGCCUUCAGUGGAAAUGGCAACCGUAACAUAUUUAUGGCUGUGUUUCUAUGUAGAGUGUUGCUCCUGUCACCCCCAUUCUUAAUCAUUCCCCAUCAUUAAUAGGUUUGGGUUUGAGAUUUGAUCAAGCCUGCUUAUUGAUUCUGGUUCCUGAUUCCAAAUCUUUUAUAUUAUAACAAAAGUGUCACCAAAAUAGGUUCAAUUUUUGAUAUGGACAAAUAUGAAUAUUCCUUCCUGCCAUGCACAAAUUGAAUAGUCGCUGUUCUACACUUGUUUGUGUUUGAGUUAGAUCUGCUUGCACUUGCUGAUUCUGGGGCAUUAUGACUUCAACUUGAGACAUCAAAUACCGUGCCACAGUAGCUUAAACAGACUUCCUCCAAUGCUGGAAAUAGUUUUUUGAUCAAUGAUCACAAUUUCCUGUAUCGCUGCUGUCUUUUGUGAAGUUUGGCUACACUUGUAAGCAAUAAUUCUUGUCUAUAGUAAUGGCAACAUUAUUCAGAUGCAUUGGCGAUGUAAAUGAAAAUGUCCAAACUUAGUCAGUUCAGGAGUCGGAGAGUAGAAUCAAAGUGUGUCUCUGAUCAAAAUUCAGUUUUUUUUUUUUUUUAAAUGGGAACUGGUUCCCAAACCUAAUAAUUAAUUUGUUCCAUCUUAAAGUUUUAAGUGGGGUCCUAGGAAACAGCAACAUUCAGCAUUGAAAUGUGUUACUAUAUUGGAGGUUAAGUAGGGGAAGCUAAUGAACUGUCACUUUAGACCAAAUUGCUUAAAAAGAAAAAAGAAAAAAGAAAAAAAAAGAAAAGACACCCUCCACCACAGAUGUAUGUUUAUGUGGAUGAAUCGUAUCCACACCAGACACACUUCAGCAUUCCUUUUACUAUGAUAGUUGUGUGGAUAUAUCUAUGUUUGUGUGCCUUUUUUGAAAUGCCACUUUGAACCUGUUUGGCCAGUCAGAAACGGUUUGAGACUAGGAUUUUGUUUUGGCUCACAGACCAACAAACAGCUCCCAGUAUCCAUUUUUAUUUUAUCUUCUUGUAACUACCCACAUAUUUGCUUUGGGGGAUCCAUACCACUAUCUGAAGUUGAUUAAUAUGGAUGAAUUCUUCUUUUACUGUCUUUAUCUACAGUCUUGUGCCUUACUUUGCCCCAACCAGAUUGCCUUAAGCAUUGCUCUGGCUUCAUUUGGAAAAGAUGUGGCUCUCAACAUGCCUUUAUUUUUUCAUGCCUUUUGGUAUGUACCAGCAUUGUUGAAAUGGGGGAAAGUGGCUCAUUCAAUUAUCUGUUUAUUCUUAUCUAAGGAUUUGUAUGCAUAUAGCCCCAUUAUAUAUAUAUAUGUAGAAACUAUGAAUGUAAGUCAGUUAGAUGCCUAAUAUUCUUGCUAGGUGAUGUAGCUCUAUUAGGUGCAUUAUGGCAGGAGUAGAGCUGUAUUCAGCCUUCCUGCCCUACAAUCCUCAUUCACCUCCAUUUAGUCCUCUCACCGAAGGGACAGUGGUGUUUGGGGCCUCAUUUAACCAUAUUAUGUUCAUCUAUAUGUGGACACCUAUAUAUUCAUUUAUCUUUUCUUUUUAAUGUUAGCAUUUACAUGUGUAUCACUUCUAAACUUAACUGAUACCUAUGUGUAGUGGCUGGGUUUGAUCAUAAUCACAGUGCCUUGACUCUUUCACUUUUUAGUCUGAGGCUGAAACAUUUUGCAAACUGGUCAGUUGACUUUGUUUACCUCUCAUUCAGGUGUUUUAUCUUACCUGUCUGCAAAGAUGCCUUUAUCCCAUUAUCUUCAGGUAGUCAUACCUAUGAGAGGGCAGCUGGGAGGCAUUUGUCAAUUGAUGGUUAAAACAGUCUUGCACUGUGUCUAAAAACCCAGUAUAUUUUUCUCUUAAAUUCAGGAUAACAGGAUUACACGGUGGGAUAACCCUCACCCAUUCCCUGUCUGUGUCCACUUAAACCACAGUCAGGUUCUUUAGUGCACUUUUCGUCAAUGAUAGGUCCAAGCUGGCACCAUCAUCACGCUGAAGUCUUAAACGUCGUCACAUUCCUGCGUGCCUCAAGCACCAGUUUCCACAACCUCGACCACUGUAGUCUUGGACCAGAUACAGAUUUGCUCUGUCUCUAUUUUUGUAAAAGAUUAUUAUGCAUGAUUUAACGAAGCUUCAUGUAGCUGCAGACGGUUAUUGCUGUUAUGGACCAAAGUAUCUUCUAUCCCUGCUGUUUUGUAGUGUUGUGAUUUCUUAAAGGUUUUUUUUUCAUAUUCCUGCUAUUCCACAAAAACACAAGGCUUCAGUUUCCUUUUCUCUGUUCCUCAGAUGCCUUGGACAUAAGUCACAUGAAGUUAAAAUAUGUUUCGGGUAACAACACAUACUGUACAUUGUACCCCUUUUGUUUGAUUGACUUUACAAAGAGCCUGAUUUGGGUAGAGAUUGCUUUAGAAUGGAUACUUGAUUGAUCCACAGUCCUAGCUGUGAUGUUGACAGUGUAGAUUAUACAUGCCUUUCAGUUUUUGUUAAAAGCUUUUAUUUUUCUCUCCUUUUUUAUAUGGGGGCGGGGUGGGGUUAUUGUAUGAAGCGGGGGUUGAUGGUUGUAUAUAUUCAUGUUUUUGUACUACAAAAUCAUUUGGAUUAUAUCCACUCUACGUUCAAAACAUGUAUAUUUUGAUAAAAACAAUACAGACCUAUUAAGCUCUCUGGAGCUGUAAAAACAAAAAAAAACCUUUUGUAACACAAAGACAUUAAACCUAUCUGAACACAGAAGUGUCUCUGUAUGUGCCCCGCUCCCCCCUCCCCUUUGCCAUUCUGUUCUUGUCUCUUGCAUCUUCUGCUGCCUUCAAUAAAUCUUUAGUUUGUUCCUUCUUCCA